AAGAUCGUAGGAGCGUCACGUCGCAAUCCUAACGGAAAUAUUUUCGUGUCUAUGAAAAAAUAUGUACGAAAAAUUUCAUGAUCUGCGAAAAUAUCUACGAAAUUCAAUUACUGUUUCAUGAAUAGUCCUGGAAAUUGGAACUGUUUCCUGGAUAUUUGUACAGGGAGAGAAUUUUCGAGGGGACUAUCGCAAUUUGAUAUGAUGCUGCCUGGAGCUUGGUUUGAAUUGAUAGCAGCGACACUAUUUGCGAUUUUGUUACUGGCAACCAGAUAUCGACCACCAUGGUGGUUCUGGAACGGAACUUCAGUCAAAGCCGGAUGUACGUCCGAGGAAAAGUUGAAUAGACGUCGUAAGACUGUUAAAGAUGUUCCUGGACCGUUCUCUUUGCCGAUCAUCGGUACGAGAUGGAUUUUCUCGAAUUUUGGAGGUUAUCAAAUGAACGAAAUUCAUGAAGCCUACAAAGAGUAGAUCUCAAUCGACGCUACGGCCCUUUAUGCAAGGAGGAGGCUCUUUGGAAUUGGCCGGUGAUUUCUAUUUUUUCUCGUCGUGACAUCGAGACGGUGCUAAGACGUGCUUCGAGAUAUCCUCUGCGUCCACCUUCAGAAGUCAUUUCGUACUACCGACAAUCUCGGCCAGACCGCUACACCAAC